AUGUCGCUUAGUGUAUUCGUGGGCGGCUUAUUCUCAAAUGGACCAGAACAGAUGUUAAGGGACUACUUAUUUGCGCCAGCCACUAAAGCCGCCGUGAGAGGGUUUUCCGCCGCUCCCCGCCAGCUCAAAACCCGAACCACCUCACAGCGCCUCAAACUCCUCCAGUCCAUCUACGAGCCUGCCUUCAGCCACCUGAGGCCUGGCUCCCCAGAGUACGAAGGGCUCGCAAACUCCGGAAAAGUCUGGGAAGACCACUUCAAACCCCGUGACCUGGGGCCAUGGCUUGAGACACAGAAAAAGCUAAAGAGCAAGUUGGAAUCUGUGGACAAGUUUAAGAUAUUUUUCGGGGAGCGCCCACAAUUACGCAUCUCAGUCACUCACUCUCUGGUACCUGAGUGGGCGCACCAAAGCGUGGCUAUCGAAGCAAACCCACUGUCACUCGGAGACGCCUUGAUCUCUGAAGGGCUUGAGAGCCAGUUCUUCUCACGCUAUGAAGAUUUUGGGACAAUACGCACCCAGGCCCUGCCAGAUCUCGAUCUUCCUCCUGCUCGCGAUCUGUCUUCUCAGAGUCCCUCCAAAGUCGCAGAGCUGAGAAAUCAUAUUAUUGUCUCCCGCCACGUCAGCGACUCUGCUCUUGCCAACCCCGGAACGGCAGGGAUAUCACUCGAUGAGAUCAAACUACUCACUCGCACACUGCUACGCGGCACAGACUCUGAAGAAGCAGCCAAGUACUCCUGGGGCCCAAGAGUCCCUCUCGGCGAAUUUCGCGCCUUACCCAUCUCUGUCAGGUCGAAUCCUCUGAGGGUAUUCCCCUACCACCAAGAGGUGCCCGCGUGCACGAAACGUUUCUUUGAGUGGCGUGAUAAGACUCACGCUAUGGGCCAACUACAUCCCCUGAUCUUCGCCGCGAAGCUGUGCGUUUACUUUGCUUCCGACCAUCCUUUUCCUGAUGGAAACGGGAGGGCGAGCCGGGUUAUGAUGGCGGAUUAUCUGAUCCGUCAGGGGUUUUUGCCGGUUGUUUUUCAGGAUCUCGAGCGGAUGGACUAUCUUGGAAUGAUAUCUGAGGCCCAGGAUGGUGAACCAGAGGGACUGUGCGCAUAUGUUACGCAGACAGCGCUGGACAUGAUGUUCACGAUCAGCGUGCGCUAG